GUAGAACUGUUCCUGAAAAGACGCGAUCGCUAGAUUCAUCUCAUUAGAAACAGUGUUAUUACCAUUACACAUUCCUUUGGUCUUGUAUUCGAUACUCUUAUGAGGUACAGAAUUAUGCCAAGGCUUAUCUUACGUCGAAUUUAUUGUUAAAAUUGAGUAUGCGAAGAAUACGGUUCAUGAGACGAAGCUGUGGUCGAAGAAAGGUGAUAUAUUACAUCAUUCUUAUUGCUGUUGCUGCAUUGAUAGCAUUUGCAAUGUAUACAUAUCGUGAGAAUAGUUGUGAUGACAGAGAGUCGAGAAACAUCAUCACAUCGCUGUGCCAGUUGUACUCCCAAGGAAAAGUUGCAGGGAAUCUGUGUGAAGACAUGUGUACAGCAUCCAUAUUGACUUAUAAAAAGUGUACAAACUACAGAGGUGGCAAGCAUAUCCUUAUAUCAGACUGGAAAGGGAAAACAGUGAUCUUAAAAACAAAGGAAGCAUAUAUUGACAAGUAUUUCCCUAUUGGUUAUGAAGGUAUUGAUGGUGAGACCAAUAUACCAAGCAUUGUAGAGUUCACUGAUAUGAUUAACACAUCUAUGACAUCAGUAUUAGGACUCAAUAUGUUGAAGCAGGAUAUAAUUGGUCGAUUAUGGCAAAUGAAAUUUGAUGAUUUUAUUGGUGAUAAAGAUAAACUUCACUCAGCCAUGACUAGUAUAUGGUCACUUGCUCAACAAGAUGAAUAUAUAAUGAUGCAGUAUUUUCAAAAUAGUUCCCAUAUACCAGAGAUAUAUGGGACAUGUGGUCAUAUUUACGCAAUGGAGUAUGCUCCUCCAGGGGAUUUAUUGGAUCCAAGGCUGCUCAAUAACUUUUUGGAUGGCUCUCAAUGGAAACUUCGAGCCAAAAUAGCUCUAGAUAUUCUACAACUGCUAGGUGCCAUGAACAAUGAAUUAUCUCAUCCAUUACACCUUUGUGAUAUUAAAGGUGAAAAUUUUGGAUUCACUGAAACCGGUUUAAUCAAAGCCAUUGAUGUUGAUAUGGCAUUCCCUGAUCCUAAAAUGAAAACUGAAAUGUUGAAUCCUCACACAAAAUGCUCAAAACAUAGCGACUGUGAUUGGUUCGAUUGUAAGGGCUGGUGCAAUAUUGAACAAAGUAAAUGCACAGAUAAAAGGAUAAACAACAAUUUACAAGCUGUAUGCGAAAAAAUAUUCUCUACUCGGUAUGAAAAUGUGUUCAAUGGAUUACUCCAGUCCCCACCUGAGUCUGUGGCAGUUCAGCUUAAUACUGCAAUAAAGAAAUGUGCUAAUCCAACUGGGGAAACAAGUCCUGGUUUACGGUUUGAGGCACCACAAGAAACGUUCAAUGAAAUCAAGGAUUUACUAUUAAAAAGCCUUUCAAGUUAGUUUUUAGAAUAAACAAGAAAUUUGAGAUUCGUUGCUGCAAUUUGACAGCCUGAUAUGCGAAAUGACUCCUGGUCUGGACCAAUGAUUUUAUGAAUCAUUUAAGAGAUGAUCUACUGCUUCAAGACUUUGACUCCAUCCCUUGUCAAGAAGAGAGCUAGAAACGUUUUUUUAAUAAUACAUUGAUCUCCACAGAAUUUUUUCUCAAGUGGGUGCAAAAUUCUUAUUUUCACAAUUCAGACCAAAUUUGGUCAAAAUAUGCCCAUUUUUCAUGAUUUUUCAAGUGGGUGCAAAUGGAUUAUCAGGUGGGUGGGUUUUCAAAAUCUCAAGUGGAUGCUGAGCCCACUUGCUUUAAUGCUGGGGAGAUCACUGUAAUAUCUUUUGAUCUUGGCUUUAUGUAAAAAUAUGUACC